AUGGCCGCCCCUUAUGGCAUGCAGAUGGACAUCAACCCAAACGAGGACACCGAAUUCCACGAUGCGCUGAGAGCACGAGGCAUCAUCCCGCAGAAGCCGCCAUCGCGCUCGCCAUCGCCCGAGCUACCCACCGAGUCCGAGCUGCGCAGCCAGGCGCUCAAGCAGGCCACCGUCGAGGACAUCGAUCUGGCCCUCGAGCAGGAUGGGUACGACCAGGUGGGCGAGGACGAGGAGCGCAUCCUCCUCCGGCUGAGGGCGCAGAGGAUGGCCCAGAUGGCCACCGAGAGCAAGAGGCACCGCUUCGGAAGAGUCUUCCCCAUCACCCGCCCCGACUACACCCGCGAGGUCACCGAGGCCAGCAAAGAGGACCCCAACGGCAAGGCAGCGGGCGCAAGCGACGACCAAGAGGAAGACGACGACGGUCGGGCCGAGACCGGUGCCGGAUCCGUGGGGACAGACCAGCCGCAGAAGGUCAAGGGCACCGGCGUCGUCUGCUUCCUCUACAAAGACGGCAUGGACACAUGUCGUCUCCUCGCCGGCUACCUCGACACGCUGGCAGCCAAGUACCCCGGAACCAAGUUCGUCAGCAUCGUUGGAGACAAGUGCAUCCCUAACUACCCGGACAAGAACCUGCCGACGCUGCUCAUCUACCGCAACGGCGAGCUGCACCGCCAGAUUGUCGGCCUGAGACCCGAGAUUGGCCUCGACGGCAUGAACACCAAGUGCGAAGACAUCGAGCUGCUGCUGACCGCGGUGGGAGUGCUGGAUCGCUCGCAGGUGCCCGGCACGGCCACCUUUGGCGACGCCUCCGGAGCGGGCGCCGACCAACGACGGCAGGACCGCGAAGACGACGGCGAGGACUCGGACGAAGGGUUCGGAGGCACGCGGCGCGGCGUCCGGGGCAAGGGCAUCCGCGGCAAGACGCAAGAGGAGGAGGACGACGAGCUCGACUGGGAUCUCUAG